AUGGCUCAUUAUUGGCAAAAGGAUCAAAAUCCCAAUGAGCCAUAUGAAGAACAGCCCGAACACCAAGAUUUUCACUCUGCAAAUCAAUCUCUUCCUCCUAGCCAAGUCUAUCUGGGUUUUGAUCCAGUAGUAGAUGAACUCAAUAGUAAAAUUCCACUCUAUCAGAGCAACAUUAAAGAAGACACCUUUUGUCUAUCUAGCGCACCAAACUGGGGCUCACAUAGACAUUCAUUAGAUGACACAUAUCAAUUACCUUUGAAUGAAAUUACCUCGAAAAUCCCUGACUUCUCCUUGGAGCAAGACAGAGAAACACCAAUAAUUGGUUUUAAGCCUUCUGUGCUACCAAAACCUCAACAUAUGAAUAAAGAAAUCUCCCACGGAAAACCCACAGGAAAAUAUGAUGGUGCUAAUGACUAUAGAUUCUAUAGUUUCACUCCAUCAUUCACUAGUCUGAAUAAUGCUAUUUUACACAGAGAAUUUGAAAAUAAGAAUCAUAACUACCAUAUAGGAUUUAAAAGUAGCAUCCUUCCUAUGUAUCCAUCCUUCUCAACUGACUUUAUGUCAAAAGAAAAGAAUAAAAGCACUGGACAGAUGACCAUAACACAACCUUCUCUGCCAUUCUCUAGCGGCUCUUUUCUACCCAGAAAUUGGGAAAAUGCAUUGCCAAGGAACAUAGAGCCAAUAGGUUGGACCAUUCAACUUGCUGAAGUCCCUCAAGGUGGUAAUAUGACUCUGGACUCCUUUUGUGACAAAGUAAAAAAAAUAAGAGAAACAUAUUUUGCAGCUGACACCAGUUCUAACUCUGGGACGAUCUGGAGCAUUACUACAGCAUUUCCAUAUGAGCUCUUUUCUAAUACUAAAUUUAAUAUAAAUAUUUUUACGGAUCAUUCAACACAACCACUUCGUCUUAUGCCAUAUGCUAAUUAUCUAGUCAGAGAUUUAGUUGCAGAAAUACUCCAUUUUUGUACAAAUGACCGGUUGUUACCUGAAGAUCAUCUUCUAUGUAUAUGUGGCUCUGAAGAAUUUUUACAGAAUGAUUACUGUUUGGGGAGUCACAAAAUAUUUCAGAAAGAUCAAACUGCUAUCCAACUUCAUCUGCAGAAAUAUAGAGAAAAUCCAGGAAAGUUAUCUAGAAAGCAUGAAGAUGACCAUAGUCAGUUUUAUCUGAACCAGCUUCUGGAACAUAUGCAUAUUUGGAAAGUAUCCAGAAAGUGCCUUUCAACAGUAAUAGAAAAAUAUGACUUCCAUCUGCAAUGCCUACUGAAAACCCAGCAAAAUGUGGAUAAUAUUUUUGAAGAAGUUAAAAAUAUAUGCAGUGUUCUAGGGUGUGUGGAAACCAAACAAAUUACAGAUGCAGUAAAUAAACUAAAUAUAAUUCUUCAGAGAAAAGCAGAGGAUUUGCAUCAAAACUCAGAGACUUCAACAAAAGGCUUGAUAGAGACAGUGACAGCUGAGCUAACCACAUCCAUCUCCCAUCUAAUUCAUGUCUAUUGUAGCAGCUUUUAUACAGAUUUUCAGCCUGUAAAUGCACCUGGAAGCAUUUCCUAUGUUAAUCCUGGCUUGGAUCCCUAUUUUAGCUUCACACUCUAUGCAGCUCACAACAUUCCAGAGACCUGGGUGCACAGAAUCAAUUUUCCUCUUGAACUAAAGUAUCUUCCAAGGGAAUCCAUGCUUACUAUAAAAUUGUUUGGGAUUGACUGUGCAACCAACAAUACAAAUUUAUUGGCCUGGACUUGUCUUCCAUUGUUUCCAAAAGAAAAAUCCAUUCACGGGUCUAGGCUAUUCAGCUUGACAUUACAGAGUGAGCCUCCCAUAGAAAUGAUAGCUCCAGGAGUGUGGGAUAUAAAUCAACUAUCCCCAGUGACCCUGCAGAUUGAUUUUCCGGAUGUCAGGUGGGAACAUGUGGAACCAAAUCCUGAAGAGAGUAGAAGUAAUCUUGGAGAAAUACAGCAGCAGUGCUUAAAACAUAUUGCCAGACUGUCACAGAAGCAGUCUCCCUUGUUACUCUCUGUGGAAAAGAAAAGAUACUUAUGGUUUUAUCGCUUCUACUGCAAUAAUGAAAAUUGCUCCCUUCCUUUGGUCCUGGGGAGUGCCCCUGGAUGGGACGAGAGGACUGUUUCAGACAUGCACACUAUUCUGAAAGCAUGGACAUUUUCUCACCCUUUGGAGGCACUUGGACUUUUGACUUCUAGUUUUCCAGAUCAAGAAAUUCGUAAAGUAGCAGUUCAACAAUUAGACAAUCUCUUGAAUGAUGAACUUCUCGAGUAUCUCCCACAGCUAGUUCAGGCUAUUAAGUUUGAAUGGAACCUUGAAAGUCCUUUGGUGCAACUCCUCCUACACCGCUCACUCCAGAGCAUCCAAGUUGCUCAUCGUCUUUAUUGGUUGCUAAUGGAUGCACAGAAUGAAGCUUAUUUUAAAAGCUGGUACCAGAAACUGCUGGCUGCACUCCAGUUCUGUGCAGGGAAAGCUCUGAGUGAUGAGUUUUCCAAGGAGAAGAAACUAAUCAAAAUUCUGGGAGAUAUUGGGGAAAAAGUCAAGUCUGCCAGUGACCCUCAAAGACAGGAGGUACUGAAGAAAGAACUUGACAGGCUGGAAGGAUUCUUUCAGGCUAUUAAUACUGGUAUUUGUCACCUUCCUCUGAACCCUGCCCUUUGCAUAAAAGGAAUUGAUCGUGAUGCUUGUUCAUAUUUCACAUCUAAUGCGUUGCCAUUGAAGAUUACUUUCAUCAAUGCUAAUCCAAUGGGCAAGAAAAUAAGUAUUAUCUUUAAGGCAGGAGAUGAUCUUCGCCAAGAUAUGCUUGUUCUGCAGAUUAUUCAAGUGAUGGACAACAUUUGGCUGCAGGAGGGCCUGGAUAUGCAAAUGAUCAUUUACAGAUGUCUAUCCACAGGAAAAGGCCAAGGAUUGGUGCAGAUGGUGCCUGAUGCUGUAACUCUAGGAAAAAUCCAUCGUCAUUCUGGACUGAUAGGACCGCUGAAGGAAAAUACAAUCAAAAAGUGGUUCAGUCAGCACAACCUUUUAAGAGCAGAUUAUGAAAAGGCCUUGAGGAACUUUUUCUAUUCCUGUGCUGGCUGGUGCGUGGUAACAUUCAUCCUGGGAGUUUGUGAUCGUCACAAUGACAAUAUUAUGCUGACAAAGUCAGGCCACAUGUUUCAUAUUGACUUUGGAAAAUUCUUAGGUCAUGCACAAACAUUUGGAGGGAUAAAAAGGGAUCGAGCCCCUUUUAUAUUUACUUCAGAGAUGGAGUACUUUAUUACAGAGGGUGGGAAAAACCAACAGCAUUUCCAAGAUUUUGUAGAGCUUUGUUGUCGAGCUUAUAAUUCUGUCAGAAGGCACAGCCGUCUACUCUUGAACCUGCUAGAAAUGAUGCUGCCUGCAGGAUUGCCUGAGCUGAGUAGUAUCCAAGACCUAAAAUAUGUGUAUGAUAACCUUCGUCCACAAGACACAGAUCUAGAAGCAACAAGUUAUUUUACCAAGAAAAUAAAGGAAAGUCUGGAGUGUUUCCCUGUUAAAUUGAAUAAUUUGAUCCACACACUGGCACAAAUGGCAGCCAUCAGCCCUGCCAAAUCUACUUCACAGACUAUACUGAGUUCAACCAGGUCAAUUCAAAGAGCAACAAUUUUAGGGUUCAACAAGAAACACAGUCAUCUGUAUCUAAUCAAGGUGACCCGGAGUGACAAUCAAACAAGCCAGACAGUAAAAUCAUUUGACGAGUUUUCAAAAUUUCACCAUCAACUUCAGAAGCAGUUUACGUUGCUGACUCUCCCAGAGUUCCCUCAUUGGUGGCACUUACCUUUCACAAAUUGUGAACACAAAAGAUUCAGAGAUCUGAAUCACUAUAUACAACAGAUAUUAAAUGGAUCCGAUGAAGUUGCAAAUAGUGACCAUGUAAUUAAUUUUUUCCUUGCUGAGCCUGUACAACAAACAAUUGAAGAGUCACCAUUUAUCAACCUAGGCAAAAAAAAUUUUGCUGACGAGAAGCCUAAGGUGCAGUUAGUCAUAUCAUAUGAGGAUAUGAAGCUGACAAUACUAGUGAAGCACAUGAAAAACAUUCAUCUCCCAGAUGGCUCUGCGCCCAGUGCACAUGUUGAAUUUUAUCUUUUACCAUAUCCCAAUGAAGUUCGUAGGAGGAAAACAAAAUCUGUUCCAAAAUGUACUGACCCCACUUACAAUGAAAUUGUGGUAUACAAUGAAGUCACAGAGCUCCAAGGACAUGUCUUAAUGCUUACUGUUAAGAGCAAAAGCACAUUUGUGGGAGCAAUUAACAUUCAACUUGGUAGUAUUCCUCUCAAUGAAGAAAAAUGGUAUCUACUAGGAAACAGUAUAAUUUCACCAUUGAUAUAA